CCCAGUUCCCGGAUGGGCUGGGCUAAGUUGCAUGCUGGGAUCUCUCUGAAACGCCGGGUUUCUUGAAGGCUUCGCUAGCUCCAGAAACAUCCAAGGGUCUUUGGCAACCCAGUGCCACCAAUACGGAAGGUCUUAUCUUUCUGGUUGAAAGAAGAAAUUGUUGGUUGGCUUCGGUCUCCACAGAGUAAGGCAGGAGUCAGCGGGCUAGGAAUGGUGUGUGGCUGGGGAUGGUGAGACGUGUGAGCUUGUGCGUCUCUUGGCGUGUACACACCUGGAGCUCUCUGCAUCAUCUGUGUCAUUUUCUCUGCUUGUCAUUUUCUCUCGCGGUCCCAGGGAUGGAGCGGAGGACUAAGCAUCACUAAGGAGAAGUCAGGGGAAGAAGCCUGAAGAAGAAUGGCCAGCUCCAAUUCUCAACACACGGUCUGUGGUUCAGUGACAUUUAGGGAUGUGGCUGUUGACUUCUCUCAGGAGGAGUGGGCCUACCUGGAUGCUACUCAAAAGGUCCUCUACAGGGACACGAUGUUGGAGACCUACAGCCACCUCGUCACAGUGGUAGGAAGUUGCGUUUCCAAGCCAUAUCUGAUCACCUUACUAGAGCAGGAGAAAGAGCCCUGGAUGGCUGUGAAGGAAGAAACAGACAGGCUGAGCCCAGAUUUGGAGUCAGAAUAUGAAACUCAAGAACUAUUUCCAGACAACCACAUAUAUACUAUAAAUUUAUUCAAACAGACCAUAAGGCAUAUAAGUGAAACUUUUGAACUUAAGGGCUCCAGUUUUAGUAAUGGCCACAGCUAUAGUACAUUCAGAGGACUACAGGAUUGUCAAGAAGGAGAUGUUGAUCAAAAGAAUACUAACAAGGAAAAAGUACCCACUUACACCUGCCACACUCUAACUCACAGUCUAGAAAAACUAUAUGAAUGUAAGGAGUAUGGGAAGUAUUUUGGUUGUAGUUCAACUCUUACUCAGUAUCAGAGUAUUCAUUCUGUAGAAAAACCCUAUGAAUGUAAGGAUUGUGGGAAGGCCUUCAAAAUACAACAGCAUCUUACAAGACAUCUGAACGCUCACAGUGGUGAGAGACCUUUUGAAUGUAGUGAAUGUGGUAAGUCUUUCAAGCAUGACUCCAGCCUUGUUCAACAUAAGUUUAUUCAUGCUGGUGUGAAACCAUUUGAAUGUAAUGAGUGUGGGAAAGCCUUUAAUCGUCGUUCAAACUUCAUGCGUCAUCAGAAAGUUCAUUCUGAUAAGAAACCCUUUCAGUAUAAAGAGUAUGGAAAUGUCUUGAAUGUUCUAGCAGAGCUCAUCACUCAGCCCCGGAACAUUCAUACUGGAAAGAAAUCAUUUGAAUGUAAACAGUGUGGAAAGAUAUUCAAUAGUGGCUCCUACCUUAUGCAGCACCAGAAUAUUCACACCAGUGAGAAAGCCUUUGGGUGUAAUGUAUGUGGGAAAGCUUUUAGGCUUCAAGCAUAUCUUUCUGAGCAUCAGAAAACUCACACUGAUGAGAAGCCUUUCCAGUGUAAGUUGUGUGGGUCAGUCUUUAGACGUAAGUACCAUCUUACUGAACAUCAGAGAAUCCAUACUGAUGUGAAACUAUAUCAGUGUGAGGAAUGCGGAAAAUUCUUUCGUCGACGCUCAAAUUUUAUUGAGCAUCAGAGUAUUCACAGUAAUGUGAAACCUUAUAAGUGUAAGCUGUGUGGAUUAGACUUCAGACUUCAGUCCCUACUUAAUCAACAUCAGAGAAUUCAUACUGAUGAAAAACCAUACCAGUGCAAGGAAUGUGGGAAAUUCUUCCGUCGAAGGUCAAAUUAUACCGAGCAUCAGAGUAUUCACACUAAUGUGAAACCUUACAAGUGUAAUCUGUGUGGGACAGCCUUCAGACUUCAGUCCCUACUUACUCAACAUCAGAGAAUUCAUACUGGUGAAAAACCAUAUGAAUGCAAGGAAUGUGGGAAAUUCUUUCGUAGAAGUUCAAAUUUUAUUGAGCAUCGAAGUAUUCACAGUAAUGUGAAACCUUAUAAGUGUAAGCUGUGUGGGUCAGACUUCAGACUUCAGUCCCUGCUUAAUCAACAUCAGAGAAUCCAUACUGGUGAAAAACCAUAUCAGUGCAAGGAAUGUGGGAAAUUCUUUCGUCGAAGGUCAAAUUAUACCGAGCAUCAGAGUAUUCACAGUAAUGUGAAACCUUUCACGUGUAAGCUGUGUGGGUUAGCUUUCAGACUUCAGUCCCUACUUACUCAACAUCAGAGAAUUCAUACUGGUGAAAAACCAUAUCAGUGCAAGGAAUGUGGGAAAUUCUUUCGUAGAAGUUCAAAUUUUACUGAGCAUCAGAGUGUUCACACUGGAGAGAAACCCUUUGACUGUAAGAAAUGUGGAAAAGCCUUUAGGCUUAAUAUACAUCUUAUUCGCCACCAGAGAUUUCAUAAUGGUGAAAAUGCAAAGAGUGUAGAGAGGCCUUUUGUCUUAUGAGCCAUAAAACAAAUUUAUUCAGGUUAAAAACAAUUUGAAUGCAAGGAAUGUUGGAAGUCCUUUAAGUGUGUCUCCACUCUUAUUUGACAUAGGGUUAUUCAUGCUGCUGUGAAACCAUAUGAAUGUAAUGAGUGUGGGAAAGGCUUUGAUUGUUCAAAGCUCAUGCAACAUCAGAAAAUUGAUUCUGAUGAGAAACCAAUUCAGUGUAAGGAAUGUGGAAAGGCCUUCACUGUUCUGGCUCAGUUUACUAAGUACCAGAGCAUUCGUGCUGGAAAGAAGUCCUUUGAAUGUGAGUGAGCAGUGCUGGUCAGCUUUCAGACUUAGCACCAACUUAUUCAACAUCAGAAAAUCCAUACUGAUGUGAAACCCUAUCAGUGCAAGGAAUGUGCAAAAGGCUUUGUUCAUGGUCCAAGACUUAGAAUUUAUAAGAGAACCCACAAUUGUGAUUCAUACUGGUGAGAAACCUAACCAAUGUGAAGAAUGUAUAAAGGUCUUUAGUCAAAAAUCAAGCUAGUUGGGCUCUACAUUUCAUAUUAGUAGAAGCCUUAUGAAUAUAAAGAAUGUGAAAAGGCCAUUAACAAUAAUUCUAAGCUACCUGUAUAUUAGAAACCCUAUGAAUGUAAGAAGCAUGGGAAAACAUUUAGAAUUAGUUCAUACUUCAAUGCAUAUUGGAAAAUUCAUACCAUUGUAAAAUCCUGUCACUGUAAAAAAUGUGGAAAUAUCUUCAAUUGGGGAUCAGGCCUUCCUCAACAUAAAAGAAUCCAUGGAAUAUAAGGAAUGGAGGAACAUAUAGAAAUAGCAAAGCUCUUAAAACUCCAGAGAGGACAGAUAGAUCUGAAACCUUAUAAAUGCAAAGACUGUGGGAAAGCCUUUGUUGUAAAUGGUAAGCUUACACAGUAUCAGAAAAUCUAUGAUCAUCAGGAGUCCUGAGCAUGUAAGGAAUGUGGACACGCCUUUGGAAAUUUUACUGAGGAUCAGAACACUCAUAUUGUUAAGACUAUGACUGAAAAGAUGUGGGAGGAAUUUUAAUAGGCCUUUUGGUUUGGAAAACAUCAGAUUCAUAUAUUCCUAAUGUGAAAAACCCUUUGAAAAUGUGAAUGUUGGAAGUCUGUUGUUCAGAGGAAGUACUCUGUUGAGAAUGUCAAAUACAGGGGAGCCAUCAUGAUUUUGAUUUACUUGCCUCUUGCUAGUUGUAUAGUCUUAAUUUAUCAAUCAUUAGUCACCAAGGACAGUCAUCUUAGGGAGAACAGUUAUUGGAACUAGGUUUAUUUGAGAUGUCUUCAUUGUUCCCAUUAACAUCCCAUGGCUCCUGUGAUAUUAGUUUGGAUAUUUACUUUGUUUUUGUAUAAUUUGUUAAAGGAUAGCACAGCACCAGCCAAGGUUGUAGCAACAGGGUUAAAAUAUAUAAUAAAGAACUUGAGAGUAUUUGGUCAAUACUCAUGUUCUAUAAA